AAAAAGACCGAGUUCAAGAGAAAUCCGGCUAUCGUUCAAGCAAGCAGGACGCCCCGCUUGCUCUUCUUUUUACUGCCGUUGUUAUUUUGGUGGAGGGUCUGAGGAGAGGGGUACCUUGAUUGGCGGCGGGGGGAUGCUCUGAGCCCCGUUCGCCCCCAAUCCGCCUCCCUGCCACCAGGGCCCGGGCUUCGUCUCGGACCCCGUAUCUCAGCGCAGCCCGGCACGUUUGAGAGGAAUUUGUGCGGCUUUCCCUCCGCCCCACCUCGCCCCUGGUGCUCUGUUUAAUGGGGCCGCUUUCCCCUGGGGAUGCUCCGCUCUUCUUCCCGGUUUGUUUGCUCGGCUUUUUUCUUCCCUCCCGUAGCCUGCUGGGGUUUGAUGUGACGGCCAGUGCCGGUGGGGGGGGGGGGCGGGGGCCGGGGGCGGGGCGGGACCACGGAGUCGUGCCACCGGUGAAUCAAGAAGGAGGGGGACCUGGCCUUAAACGGAGCCUUCCCGCGGCCCGGCCUGUCCCGGGCGGGGGGCUCGGGAGGGGACCCCGGACCCAGCGCAGCCUCCCGGCCGUGGGACCCCCCCCUCCCGGUGGGGGCAGCCCUCUGCCGCCCCCGCAACUGCUCCCAGGACCGCGAGCUGCCCGUGCGCACCCGUUCUGGGGGCACACAGGCACUGGGGAGGCUCGUCGUGGGUGGGAAGGGAGCCAUCAACUUCUCCGUGUCCCCUCCCGUUCCCUGGGGCACCCGGGAGCAGCCGGCACCCAGGAGGAGCUAUCCCAUCCUAUCCCAUCCCAUCGCAUCCCAUCCCAUCGUCCGUUUCUGUCACAGGCAGCUGGGGGGGGCCUUGGUGGUAUUUGGUUAGUUGUGGGAGCGGCCGCGGGGGACGCUUCUUCUCGUGUCUUUAUCGCAGCUCUUUCUGCCUACCUGGUGCAGGCGGUGAGAGCGGCGGGGCGGUGCGAUGCGGUCUUUAGGGGCUUCUCGGACUGUUUGCUGCGGCUGGGCGAUAACAUGGCCAACUACCCGCAGGACCUGGACGACAAGAGAAAUCUCCAAACGAUCUGCGCGUACUGGGAUGAUUUCCACGCCUGCACCCUCACAGCGCUCACCGAUUGCCAGGAAGGAGCGACAGACCUCUGGGAGAAAUUGAGACGGGAAUCCAAAAACCUCGAUUUCCAAGGCAGCUUAUUUGAACUGUGCGGAGGCGGCAGCGGCGCCGCAUCGUCCCUCCUCCCGCCGGCUUUGCCCGUGCUCCUGGCGGCUCUGUGGGCCGCCCUAGUGACCUGGCUGCCUUUUUAGGGGGGCGAGCACACCUACUCCCACACCCUCUCCAUGUGCCGGAUCUCUCGAGGAAGUGUCCAUCCCUUGCUUUGGGGACGUUGUGCUUUUCUGUGGUUGAUGAUGGUGGUGGUGGCUGAUGGUGGUGAAACACCCGUGUAGGACUGUGGAAGCGUUUUCUCCCUUUCUUUUUCUUUUAUUUCUUUUUUCUUUUGGUGUGUUUUAUUUGCCAAAUGUUACCAAACAGGCAGCGGCGUGCAGCCCGAAUCGGACCUCAGCUUUACUAUCGCUUCAAAUCAAAAAGAGAAACAAAUAAAAAUAAAAACCCGAGCCCUCGUUGUGCAAAAGAAAUCUCAGGAACGGCUCUGGGCCACCUAACGCUAACAUUAUACUCGGCCAGGAUAAACCCUGGCAGGCCACGGGCUCCUCUAAAAAUGUGGCAUUAUGCGAGGUGAGAGCAAAAAGCAGAGAAAAAAAUAAAAAAGGCACUGGCGAUGAAUCUAAGGUAGAUGUCCACGUGUGAAGCAUAUGGUGAAUAAUUCACAAUCUCUCAUCUUUCCUCCACAGUCGCUUGUUUUUUGGUCAUCCCACUGCAAAAUAAUAAUUAUAAUAAUAUCAAUAAAUAAAAUAAAAGAGCGCAUUUUCUCAAGGGGAAAAGAGAGCUAGAGAGCGAGAGAGAGUGGGAAACGAACGGUUAAAAGAGGAAGGAAGAAAGGGACGAAGGAAAGACAGAGAUGUGUCUCGGUGCCCGGCGGAGUGAAGGAAUGCUACUAACAGAUCUCCGAGAGUUACCUUUACUUGCUGUUCGAAGGCAUCUUUCCGAAUUCACUGCCUUUAAUUUUCUCCUCCUCUUUGUUUUAGAUGUUACACAUACCAGUAAAAUACCUGAUUAUCCAAGAGUAGAGAUCACAAAAAGGGGGGCUUAAAUGUAAACCUAAAGAAAAAAAAAAAUAACAACAGCAAAUGAUUUUGAAAAAAAAAAAAAAGAGCUUUGAUUUUAAAA